UGGAGCAAAUCUGGGAACGCAGAUAAGCAAAAGAGAAGUUAAAGAAGUCCCCUUUGCAGCAGCCCGUCUCUGGUCUUGGGGAAGACAGGUCGGGUUGCUGCCCCUAGCCCCAGCUUCUGCUCCGUCCUGGGCACAGACAGCGGGCGAGCUGGCCUGCGGCUGGCACAGGCGUCGGGGUGGCACUGUUGGGCCCUCGCCAAUACCUUUGCUCGUAAACUGCGGCUGCCCUCCGAGCCACACCCUGGUCACCUGGCCCGAGGCGAGAGGGCAGCGGGGAAAAUACCAAGAAUUCCUUGUCUCUGCCACGCACACGCCCUCCUGAGACAGGGAGAUGGAAGGCCCGAGCCCGGCACCCCCAUCACCCUCCACUGAGGCAGCGCCGCACGGCAGAUGCACUUCUGGAACUUAGUGAGAGCCGUGCCCAGGUCAACAGAGUACCUGUGGGCGGGGCCCAGGCAUCGUGUUUAUUUAAAUUCCAAGGUGGUUCCACUGGGCAGUGCAACCUGGGCUGAGAGCCACAGUGCCUGUGUGGUACCCAAGCCUCAGUUUCCUCAUCUGAAAGCAAUCCCAGCACCGCUCCCCCACGCCCCAGUUAACCAUAAGGGAAUAGUUUGAGGAGUUGGGUCAUUCUGGGGUGGAGAGUGAAAGGGAGUGGUGGUAACUGAGAGCUUGGCCACUAGAGUUUCCAGUUCUCGAAUUUGCCUUGGGAAUAGGAGGGCUAACAGGUGGGCACAUCCUCCCAGAGGGCUAGCCUGUCAGCUGGGCAGACAGCUGCCCGCCCCUCCUUCACACUCCCUUUCUCCAGCUUCAUGGGAGCUGAGCCCUUUCCCAUCCCCCCUUUAUCUGUUCCUAAGUUCCGUGGUGCUACAAAAUUUGAAAACCAUCGCAUUAAGCCCAAACUGCAAAUAUUUGCCUAAAAAAUGCCUGAGAUAGGUUUACUAAUUUCCUUCUGCCUGUCCUGCUGAGAGCUCCCCCCACUGGGCUCCCCACACAGAGGGGUUCCUCGCUGGAGACCAGGCGGACAGACAGACCGGACACACUCAGGGGCCAGCGGCGUCCUGCUGCGCGGCGAAGCUGGGGGCUGGGAGGGAGUUGGACGCGUGUGCGGAGAUGCCGCCUCCUGUCUGCUCCUGGCCUGGCUCACCUGGGAGGUUGGGGGGGCAGUGGUGGCAUUCCCUUCCCUCAGCAGCCUGCCCAACUUGCUUGGCUGGCUGGGAAACUGGUCAGGGUGGCUGGGGAGCCUCUGGGGUCAGCGGUCAGGGUGAGCCUUCUGUGCAUGGGCUGGGGCAUCUUGGGCGUGUCCGUUUCCCCCUACCCCUGACUCGCAGCUGUCAGGUGAGGGGGGACCUGUGGAGCCACAGUCCUCCAUCCCUUCUCCCGAGUGCCUUAAAGGAGCCAGUUCAUCAAGCUGAGAAUGUUCAGUUGUCUCUGUUAAAACAGGAAGUAGUGGGAAGAGGUGGCAGGUGUGAGGAGGGUUGGGAACAGUGACUCCUCUUGUCACCCAGUCCUGUCCUCCAAGCACAGGGCUGUAAACCCCUGGCCCUUCUCUACCCCCGUCCAGGGCAUGCCAGUCCCUCUGGUUUAGCCUUGGGGGCGCAUGGUCUUUGCUCCUGGGUCAAAUUGCCACACGGACUGGAGUCACAGCACUGGUUGCAGGUGCGUUUAUCCAGUGCCUACCUGGAGGCUUGCUGCCAGCGAUGGAGACACCCCCUCCAAUGCAACCCAGAUCGGUCCCACCUUUCCCACGAGCACAGGUCUGCACCUGUGGCUUCCUAGAGCUCAACCUGAGCCGCAGUGGCCUUGCUGUACCUAGGAUUGACCAAGUGUCCUCAGAGAGGAGGGCUUUAAGGUUUCAGUAAGGAAAGUGCCUGGCUGGAAACAAAGUUUCAAUCCACAAUCCGUUGCUAUUCCUUUCCCUGCUCUCAGCACAUCCACUGCCUUGGUGCAGAGUUUCCAGAGGGGACAGGCCUCCCUUCCUGCAGGAAGGACAAUCCCGCCACCCCAGAGACCUCUCCCAGCACCACUGCUGCUUGCUCUGUCGCCUUGACCCCCUUCCUCGGGGCUCUCUCUGCCCCCCUCACCUCGCCCCUCCUCAGCUCCCGGCCCUCUGCCCUGUCUGCCCAGCCUGCUGAGCCCCCACUCUCCACCCAAGACCAGCUGGGUGCUGGGGGUUUCAGCAGCCCCCUGUGAACCCCACUGCCGCUGGGCUGAGCCUCUCUUUCCUGCCCUCUUGCUAGAUACAGGCCUCCCCCUUGUUGCUGAUGAAUUAUUUAAAAGCCAGUUACAGAGCAACGCUGGGAGAUGUUGGGGAGGAAGGGGCACUAGAGGGCAAGUUAGUUGAGCUAGAGCGUAUACCCUCAUUUAGUCAUUUAUUUACUCACACAUUUAACAAGUAUCUGUUGAGCAGCUGUUAGCAUUAUGUGCCAGGCAGUGGGAACAUAGCAGCGGAAAAGAAAACAGAGAAAAGUCCCUGCCCUCGCGGAGCUUGCAUUCUAGGGGAGUCCCUGCAUCCCUGCGGGUGUGUCCCACGCCGCUGCCUGGCAUGUCACUCCACCUGCAGCGGGACGCCCGCCUGCAUCCCCCUCCCCCGCUAUAGAUGCUACAGUGGCUGAGAGCCACACCGCCUGGGCUCCUGUCCCAGCUCCGCCACUCACUAGCUGUGUGACCUUGGGCAGGUGCCUCUGUUUCCUCAUCUCUGAAAUGGGGACAACAGCAGUAUCUGCUUGACAGGGUGUGAAGAUUCCGUGGGCUGAGUGAUGUGAAGUGCUUAGCUCAGUGCCUGUCUUCACAAGCGCUCCAGUAUCAGCUUUUAUUCAAAUACCAGCUAUCCUCUGUGAAAUGAGGACAAAUGAGUGACGCCCUCCCCUUCGCGAGGGGGGAGGAGGUAGCUAGGAGGGCCACGUGAGAGGAAUGACAUGUUACCGAUACCUUCCAGGCCAGAGGGACCGAGUGAGUGCCGAUGGAGUGAAUUAUGGGUUGGUGCGGCCGGGGAUGGUAAGGGAGGUCGCCCUCGUGAACCGCCCACGGUCUGCGGGCCCAGCGGGGCUGCAGUCGAGCACGAUUGCCGAGGCUGCGUUCUGCACGAGCAGGAGAGAGUUCUGUGAUCCGGGAGUGGUGGCGGCUGGGGCAGCUGGAGGCAGGGCCAGGCGUGGCUGUGGGUGCCUGGCAGCUGCGACCCCUAGUCUAUAAAGGGAAAGGCCCCACCUCAGCCCUGCCUGCCGCACCUGUAGGUGGGCGUCGUGUCCCAAAGCCCUGGAUGUGCCCACAUGUCAAGACGAGUUUCUCCAGAAAGGGGACACCCGGCAACUGCUGCUGGAAGCCUUGGGUCCCCGAGGGAGGAGGGGGUGUCUGGGAACCCCGCUUACGUGGGCAGGGAGCGCCUGGGAAGGUGUGUCAGGGCAGCUGGCUGACUGGAGCUCUGGGCAAGGGCAUGGGUGUCGCUCGCUGGAGGGCUGGCCGGAGCGGCUGGACUGGUUUUAGGGCACUGUUUUUUCAGCUGGCGAGAGGGGUGGAGGUAUGCACAGGCCUUCUUCCUGCAGCCUUUAUAGGACAGGCGAUAGGAUACAGCAGUUGGGACCCAGAUGGGCCUGGCUUCCAGUCCCGGCCUUACUGCUUGUAGCGCUGCAACCUCGGGCUACCUCCUUAACCUCUCUAAGCCUCAAAUCCUCAUUUGUAAAAUGGAAAAAAUGAUAGUAUCUUCCCAGCAGGGUUCUGUCCUCAUUAAAUGAGCUAAAGGCACAUAAAAUGCUUAGCGUAGCACUUGGCACAUAGUAAGCCCUCAAUAAAUCACAGCUGCUUUACGACGAGGGUGACGGAGACAGGGAACUCUAUUCUGUCCCCAAACAAGAGCUGGGCCCGGGCUGUGCACGGGCUUCCCUUCUCCCACCGCGCUCCCGGCUUGUACGGAAAAUGAAAAUAUUGUCUUGUGUGACUUUGGGAGCCAAGUUAAAGAAUCCUGCGAGUGAACAGGGGCCGCCUCCUCCCGCGAAAGCUGUUUCCCUAACCCCGAGAACGGGACGCCUUGUCUAACAGGGUGUUUGCCUGGCUCUCCCGUGUCCUUCCCCAUAACCCACGGGCAGCCUCAGCCCCGGGUCAGCUUUUCCCUCCUGGGGGACCGGCGAAGGCCUCCUCCUCAUCCUGCCUGACCCCAGCCGUGAUCAGUCCUGUGUCCCAGCCAGAGCCUCAGCUACUCGUGGUGGGAAUGGGGAGCUGGCACCCCAAGUUCAUAUCUGGACCUCGGCUUCCCGAGCACAGUUUUCUCCCCUGCCAAGUGAUCACAGGAAGAGCUAGUUAGGUAAUACACGUAUAAACGCCCCAGCAAGGGGUGUCUGACAUGCCGCAGCACUAAUACUAUUACUCCCCCCAGCACUGCAGUGGGACCAAGCUGACUCCCAGGUCAGCUUCUGGGGAGCCAUGAGCAGCGGGGGGACAGGGACACUGGGGGAGCCCACGGGAUGAGCAGAGCAGGGAGUGUAGGGAGGCUUGAAGUUGCGGACUUAAAACCACACAAGUCUACAGCCUAGCCCAGUUCUGCCAGGUAACCUCUCUCCUCCCAGUGUGUGUAAUUGCUCUCGCUGGGUCUUUGCAAGGAUUGGUGGCGCGCCCAGCCCCAGAGAGCGAGGGCCCUUGGGAAUGCCAGCCUCCCGCUGGGUGACCGCAUGGAGAUCAAGGAGAUCACGGGAAAGUGAGCCACUGCCCAAAGGGUAAAAGGCAGGAAGCCCAGCUCCCCACCUCGCCAUACUCCCAACCUUAGUGCCUUUGUGUUUGAUGUCUCCUUAGCACCUGCUAAAUGAUUCUCAGAUGGCAGGUUACCUUUGGAAGCUAGUGUGUCCCAGGGGGAGCAGCGGUGGCAUUGUAGGAGGGGCUGUCCUCUGAACUGCAGGGCCUUCGACAUCUCCAGCCCCUGCCCACUUAAUGCCAGCAGCACUUAGCCUAUCACCCACUGGAAUAAACGCAUGGGGAGGGCAGGGGUCCUGUUCAUUCACGCCAGUAUCCCCAGCACCUAGAACAGCCCCUUGCACAUACAACACCCCCCUCGGCUUCUCCAAACACUCCCAAAAGGCACAGCCACCCCCAGUUGAGAAACUCCUGUUCCAGUCAUACCUUCAGCAGUACCCCUGAUGGGAGGCGGUCAUCCCUGAUCUCAAUAUUUUCAUUAUCAGAAAUUGAUUAUUGAUUACUGCAAAGGGUAUCCCAUUGUGAGAUAGCUUGUUAUCUGUAAAAGCCAGCCCCAUUCCUUCUGGGACCGUGGCCUUGAUUAAUACACUGUCUGACACCCGGAGUGGAACAAGGUGCCCCACAUGGUGGCCUGACCCUGCAGGGAACAAUGGGCUCGUUACCUCCCAGCCCUGGGUAGGCCCGGAGUUGACAUGGCCUGAGAUUGCAUUUACUCUUGGCAGCCGCCCUAGUGUUUAUUGGUUCAUGGUCAGCUAAAACCCAAGGACUUUCCUCUUUGAUCCUAUACUAGCCUUUUCCAAUCCAAAGAGUGAGAUAUGAAAAUUUAAAAGGACACUGGCGACUUGUUAAUUCCGGCCCCUGUUUCUAGUCCAGAUGAUUUUUGAGUCUCAGUACUGCCAUCGCCACGUGUUGGCUAUUCUUCCCAUCGCAUGCUUAUCUCCAGUUUUGCAUCCUCUGCACGCUGCAUUGCUCAGCCGGCUCUGUCCUCACGCUGCUGCUGAUUAAAAUGUCGAAGAGGCCAGGCGUGAGUAUGGAGACCUUGGUGUUGGUCGAUAAUGAUCAGUACUUCCUGGGGUUGUCUGCCUUUGAAUGGACCCAAUUAAUCCUCACUUCCCCCCCCCCACCAUGCCUCUCUGUCUUGUCCACAUGAAUAUCUUUAAAUCCAUCUGCUAGCUGCCUUGCUGAUAUCUAGAUUUAUCGCAUUCCACAAAACUCCAAGGCUUUGCAGCAACUUUGGAGGAGAUGCACUCAGCUGAGCAUGACUGGGUCUCGGUGAAUCUGCGUUAGCUCCUAGUGCCCACCACUUCCUCCUCGGAAUGUUCCAGACACUCUCCUCUCCCCAUUCAGAAGUUUGCAAGAGUUCAGGUAGUCUCUGAUGCCGCAGGACAGGGCGUGGCCAUCACAGGGAACCAGACCUUCAACAACUGGAACUGGCCCAACGCGAUGAUUUUUGCAGCCACGGUCAUCACCACCAUUGGCUAUGGCAACGUGGCUCCCAAGACCCCCGCCGGUCGCCUCUUUUGCGUCUUCUACGGUCUGUUCGGGGUGCCGCUCUGCCUGACGUGGAUCAGCGCGCUGGGCAAGUUCUUCGGGGGACGAGCCAAGAGGCUGGGCCAGUUCCUCACCAAGAGAGGCGUGAGCCUGCGGAAGGCGCAGAUCACGUGCACGGCCAUCUUCAUCGUGUGGGGCGUCCUGGUCCACCUGGUGAUCCCGCCCUUCGUGUUCAUGGUGACCGAGGAGUGGGACUACAUCGAGGGCCUGUACUACUCCUUCAUCACCAUCUCCACCAUCGGCUUCGGUGACUUCGUGGCCGGUGUGAACCCCAGCGCCAACUACCACGCCCUGUACCGCUACUUCGUGGAGCUCUGGAUCUACCUGGGGUUGGCCUGGCUGUCCCUCUUUGUCAACUGGAAGGUGAGCAUGUUUGUGGAAGUCCACAAGGCCAUCAAGAAGAGGCGGCGGCGGCGGAAGGAGUCCUUCGAGAGCUCCCCCCACUCCAGGACAGCCCUGCAGGUGGCGGGCAGUGGGGCCUCCAAGGACGUCAACAUCUUCAGCUUUCUGUCCAAGAAAGAGGAGACCUACAACGACCUCAUCAAGCAGAUCGGGAAGAAGGCCAUGAAGACGAGUGUGGGUGGGGAGAGGGGCCCAGGCCCGGGGCUGGGGACUCAGGGGGGCGGGCUGCCAGCCCUGCCCCCUUCCUUGGUGCCCCUGGUAGUCUACUCCAAGAACCGGGUGCCCAGCUUGGAAGAGGUGUCACAGACACUGAGGAGCAAAGGCCACGUGUCGAAGCCGCCCAGCGAGGAGGCUGGGCCGCGGGUCCCCGCGGACGGCUCCCCGGCCCCCGAGGUGCUCGGUCACCAGCUGGACCGCAUCAGCGAGGAGGGCGAGCCGUGGGACGCCCAGGACUACCACCCACUCAUCUUCCAGAACGCCAGCAUCACCUUCGUGAACGAGGACGCUGGCCUCUCGGACGAGGACACCUCCAAGUCCUCGCUGGAGGACAACCUGGCGGAGGAGGAGGGGCCCCCCCAGCAGGCGGAAGCCGAGGCACCCCUGAGCAUGGGCGAGUUCCCCUCCUCAGACGAGUCCACCUUCACCAGCACCGAGUCUGAGCUCUCCGUGCCCUACGAGCAGCUGAUGAACGAGUACAACGAGGCCAGCAGCCCCAAAGGCACGUGAGGCAGGGCCGGCUCCCCACCCACCUGGACGGCUUCUCUCCCCUCACCCGGGGUGUCCUGUCAUGGCUGGGACCCCUGGCCCCUGGUGGGGGGCAGCCCUGGAACUGGGAGUGGGGGGCCAGGGGCCUUUUUACCUUCCAUCCCCUCCAGCUAGUGCUGCCGAUGGCAGUGGCACCUGCCCAGGACAGGGCCUCUGUCCUCCCGCUGACCGUACCCCGGCUGUGGGGGGCAUCUGUCCUGAGCUUGGCUGGUGCAUGUGAUGAUUCACAGAUCUGCGGCUGGCAGGACAGGUGGGGGGUGACCCCGAGGAGGCCUGUGCCUGCCUGGGCCUUCGCCCCGUCACUUGGUUGAAUGUCACGGUUCUCUGAGGCCAAGGCCUCGCUAUUUGAGUGCACCAGUAUUACUGAGCGACUUCUGCGUGCUGGUACUGAGCUAGACGUUUCGAGAGAGAGGAGGGUGUGUAAGACCCGGUUCUGCCUUUGGGAGCUCUAAAGGGUUUGGGGAGGUACAGCUGUGACAUGGGGGCCGGGCAUUUCAGCACCUGGGCAGUAGCAGCCCCGUCUCCCCUCUGGCCUAGGGCCUGCUGCCAAGAGCAGUAGAGCAGAGGCUGCUCCGGGAAGGAGAGAGGCGAUGGUGGGCAGGGGCUGCAACGGUUCCGACUCGAAGGACCUGGAGCAAGUCCAGUGUGGGCCCAGGUCUCAGUCCCACUUGUGGUCUGCCCAGCCCAGAGCCCUGCUCCCUGUCUCAGGCCAAGCGAUGGCAGAUGCCAGGCUUUCUGCCCCCCUGCCCCCCGGGUGGUAGGAAGGGAGAGUGGCAGGGCAUGGCCACUGGAAGCUGGGCCUCCCGGGGCUGCAGGGCAGGGAGCUGCGGGCCCAGCUCUGGCGAUCUGCCCUCACCCUUCCUGGAAGUGCCCACCCCACCUCCUGGUCUGAGGACCCACACUCCCCAUCCUGCUGUCUCCUUCCGCGUGCCCAGAACAAGGAGCUCACUGUCCUCCUCCCAUCAUGGGCU